CUUGAAGUAAACACCCUGAAGAUGCUGUGACUCUGAAUCACUAGCGCAUAGAAGAAUAUAGCAGACGUAUGCUCAAGAAGCAGAAAUGGCCUCCAACUCAGGCAUGCAGCCUCCGAUUGUCGCCCCCUCUUCUAAAGGGGAUAAGACAGUCGUGGACAUGGAUGCCAUCACAGACAAUAUCACCAUAGUGCUCUACACCCUCACUGUCGUCCUGGGAACUUUUGGUAACACAGUGGUCAUUUGGGUGGCCGGAGUGCGUCUGAGGGCCAAAGUCACCAAUGUGUGGCUAGUUAACCUUGCCGUAGCUGACCUCAUUUUCUGCCUGACUCGCGCCAUCUCUCUGACCAAGAAGCUCUUCUUUGACCACUGGCCGUUUGGCGUCUUCCUUUGCAAGUUCAACGGCUUCUUCAAGUACACCAACAUGUUCUGCAGCGUGUUCCUGCUGGCGGUCAUCAGUUUGGACCGGGCUCUGUGCGUGUGGCGGCCCGUUUUCACUAAGCAGCGCCGGACUCUCUUUGCCGCGCGGCUCAUCAGUGUUCUUGUGUGGGUACUCGCGUCAGGCCUGAGCGCCCCGUACUUCGUCUACCGGCAGGUCUACCUUGGCAAGAACAAUCUCAGCAAAUGUUCCUUAGAGGUAAAGGAGAAAGAAGGUGAGGAAGUUGCCAAGACAGUCCUCUACAGUAUCCGCUUCCUGUGUGGUUUCCUCCUCCCCUUCCUGGUCAUCCUGGUCUGCUAUGUGCUGGCGGCCAUAGGCAUCCGGCGCACACGCCUCAACCGCAAGUCCCGUCCGUUACGAAUCCUGGCCGGCCUGGUCUGCACCUUCUUCGUGUGCUGGGCGCCCUACCACUGCCUCCUGUUGGUCAAGAUGAUGGACAGCAAGAGCCAGGCGGUCAAGGUGGGCUUGACAGUGGCCAAGGGCCUGGCCUAUUUCAACAGCUGCAUUAACCCAGUGCUGUACUUCUGCAUGGGUCUCACCACUCGCAGCCGCUUCCAGCAGACGCUGUCCGGCGUCUAUCGACGCGCUCUGGGCGACGACGGUGACGGAGCGACGUCGCAGUCACAGGAGCAGACGGUGGACGACAGCUCGGGCUCCAACCCCAAGCAUGUGCACACUCAGGCUCAGCUACAGGGCAAGCCAUCGCCUCACGCCAUCACUGACGUCUGAUUGGAUGCUGCACAAAGGAACUAUAAGUUAACCUCCUGUCGGUCAGGAAUGACUGACCUUUUUCUUCUUCAAAUGAUCUAACCUUCCCAAGGUCAUUUCAAAAUUUGAAGUCAGACGGUUUGAUUUAAGAACAAUAUGUGCCACUGACUCUAACUCAGGCCACCACAGUGUCUAAAAGAGGGAGAAGACACUUAAAAGAUAGAGGAAGUUGUGGAGACAGAACGGGAGCAGGCGUCAGUUGUGUUUUCAUGUGGCCUAUUCCGCAAUGUUAGUCACAGGUUUGUUGUACAUUCUUACUCAUAUAGUGGUUAGGCCUCUGUUUGCUUAAAUAGCUUUCCUCUGAAGUAAUACCUCACCGCCUUUUCAACUUUCAACUUUAUGCAACCCCUCAACAUACUUUUUUUCAUGGAAAGGAAUAGCAUUAUUUUUCAUCUUUAUUUCAUCUUUUUUGGUUCAGCCUGAAUAUGUCAGAAAUUCCACACAAUAUAGGAUAACCAUUUUUAAUGUUACACUUUGUGAUUUGAGUACAUCGAGUCACCGAUCUUACAGAAAUGUUUUGUUGACCUAUGUAGCAUAAUCUUUGUAAGAGUUUAUUGCACAGCUGUUUUUGCUGUCAACUUAAUACUGAAUCCUACCUUAAUAGACCAUGCCAUUUUCACAACUAGUUGAUAGCUUCAAAUCCAUGCCUUCAUACAGAAAUGCAAUCAAUAUUUUUCAGCUCUUGGCACUCCUGAAAAAUGUUGUUUUAGAUGUGAAAUACACCAUGGUACUGUGGUCAGGCUAUACAUUAGGGUGCUCAUAAUGUCUAUGAUGGAUCACAAAGACUUAGGGGUAUCUCUCUGGACAUCUCUGUGCCUUUUCCUCAUAUAGGCUAUUUGACCAAAUGAAUGAAAAUGACAUGGUGGCGUGCUGCAUAAAUAUUGCCUUUACAUCAGUGUCCAGUAUGUUGUACUGGGCUGUGUCUGAUCAAGUAGGAUAUACUGUUUAAUGUCAAUCUGUGAAUGUCACAUUAUGGAAGCCUGGCUAGCAUCAUACAUUAUCUCAACUGAAUUGGGUCCAAACUAAGUUCAUUCACCUCCCAUCACCAACGUACGCUGAUCAAAACGUCUGUGGACGCAAUUGGAUAGACCUAAAAAAAACAGUCAGUGUAAUGAAGGAGAUGACAUAUGCAGAGCAACAGAAAAAAACCCAUCUCAACAAACAAGUGUUUUUCAUUAUUUCACUGCUUGGUUGAAUUUCCCAUUGUCCUACGUAAUUUAGAACGACCAUUAACCGUAUGUUAUUUGCACACCUAUGAAGUAGAUCCAUUUUUUUGGCCGUAUCACACUUGGAUAGACUUAAAAAACAGUCAGAAGGAGAUGACAUAUGCAGAGCAACAGGGGAACAGGUUUUAGGAAACAUUGGAAAUGGGAGUGAAUUCAAAUUGGCCAAAGGCCUGUCUGGGUUCUCCCAGGCUAACAUUUUGUUUCUUGUGCUAGCUGAUUUACAUGAGUUAUGAUCUUGUCAUGAGUCAUGAUCUUGGAGUGCACUGUUUUGUUUGUGUUAUGCUGAUAUGUCUUAAAUAGGAUGACAAGGCCUGGGGCUCUCUUUUGUAUGAUAAUUUAAUGAACUAGACAAAACACGCAACACCAUGCUAUAUGCAUGCUUCCGUGGGCCAGCACACAUUCAAGGAAGUUCUCAGUGUAUGGAUUUGUUUACAGUGAAUUCUAAACUUCUAAAAACUUCAAAAAAUCAAAGAUGACAACCUUUCAUUUAAAGUCAACCUCUGUCAUUUUUUCCCAUUAUCACGCCUGUUCUCACCGUGUGGUUUUUGCAGCGCGGUAUCUUUAUAAAGUGUGCAUUGUGGGCUCAAUUUAGUGCCCUUGGUGUUAAAUACACCUCUACUGCUAAGCUAGAGAUGUGUUUUGUGCUUUGUAUCAAUCGUGUGUGUAUCAAAACGCAUACAGUAUUUGUAUGUGUAUAUGAAUGCACAUGUGUACAUUCAGCCUCCUUCAAACAUGGAAAUUCAUUCAUUAAAACGUUUUGACAUUCCGAAGACCUGGAAAAAAAUUCAGUUAUUCGUCAGAUCCUCCCUCAAGUAUGUGUUCAAACACAAUUCGUCAAGACUAUCUGCAAACUUACUCUCUCACUCUCUCCUCUCUCUCUCUCUCUCUCUCUGUGUCUCUC